AUGGCAACGGUCCGGGCCCGGCACCGGGGCUACAACAUACCGGACGGCGACAUGACCACAUUCCACGAGAUCGAGUUCGAUCGGGAGGGCGGAGUGUUCCUGAACCGAACCAGACUAAUCCUGUUGGUGAUCAUUGUAUUCCUGUUGACCGCUUUCUCGGCGUUUGUCAGCCGAUACACGACCCAAUUGCAAAUCCGACAGGUAAAAAUCACAGCACAAGUCUCAACGCUGAUAUCGACUUCUGGGCGGCCGUAAAAAAAAUAGAUUAUUGCGGGAAAUUAUCAGGCGAGUUAAAUGCGAAAAAGAAUUCGGAAACUAAACUAAACUUUUAAAGAAGUCAAGUUAUUAUAAAAUGUUGGCAAGACUAAUUUUAACUAAAAUACACAGUAAACAAUGUUAAGAGGACGUCACACGUCCAAUAUCUUAUGGGAUCACGUGCAGCCAAUUCCAAAACUCGUUUAACCGAAUUUUGCUCAGAAUUGUUUUUCGUUAGCUGUAAUUUAUCUUUUAAAUAUUAAAUAACAUUAUAUAUUUUAACUUUACAAUAACAUAUCCACAACAUUUUUACACCUAUCACCAGUAUCAGCUCUUUUAAAAAAAUUGAUGACAUUUACAACGAAAAAGACUUAUAACUUUUAAAAGUAAUAGUCCGAAAUUCGCAACUACAACAUUAAAUCAUUUUUGCUAUUUUUAUUUUAUAAACAUUAAAUGUAUUAGUUAUUAAAGUAAUAAAGUAAAAAAAAAAUUAUUAAAAUGGUUAAUACUCUUAAAUAAAUAGAGUAAAUAAAUAUAUUAAUAAAAUAAAAAAAUGGCAUCUCGUUAAGAUGUGAAAGUGAAAAAUCCUGUUGGAUAUAACUUAUUCGUUUGUACAGACAAAAGACAGAGGUCAAAAAAUCAAAAAAUGACCUCUUUAAAGUACCAUUAAGAUAACUUAAGCUUUCAUAAAAGUUUUUGUGCUUAAAAAUUGGAGGAAGUUCACUAGGAAAAAAAUGUGUCCACAGACUAGAACAAAGAAAAAACUAAACAUCUUUGUAAAACCAAUAGGUCACUCGCUACGCUUGGAAUUUAAAAUGUAUGUAUAAAAAAUAAAUUAAAUAAAUGAAUAAAUGCGUCGUCUGAGGUAUUUUAUUUUUGUAUAUACAUUUUUUAUUUAAAUAUUUAUUUACUUUAGAUAUUUAAGACUUUUUUUUGUAUUUCUGAGCAACUUAUCUACCAGAAAUAUGAAUCCUUCGAAAUAUCAAGUGUAGCAAUUUUUCUUAAAGGUAAUUUUCUCUAGUUGAUACAUUGGGACCUAACCAUUUUCAUUUUUUUUUAUUUUUUACGGCUUAUAUUUAUUACCAUAAAUUCACGAUAAGAAAAAUAACAAAGGUUAAGUUAGGUUUCAAAUUUUAAGCUUUUCAAUGAGAAAUCUUGUUCCGAUAGAAAGAGUGCAAUCUAAAGAAUGUUCUGAAAGGAAAUUUUAUAAAGAUGAUGCAUUUAAGGGGUCAUUUUUUUUUAUAUUCCGGGGGAUUUUUAAUCUGAAAGAAAAUUAUUGGUUAAACAGAAAAUUACUUAAAACCACGGCAUUACUUACUACGGCAUUGUUUGUAAUUUUUGUAACUUAUGUUUUCUACCAUAAAUUGAAAAAAAUAAAAAAAGUUCGAUUUUUUCGUUAUAAUAGAUAGCCACUAACAGAGUCGUUUUGUGAUAUCCAACGUAGUUUCUAUUUUAAUGAGAAAAACCAAAAAAAAAAUACGUUUUUUUUUUUAAAUUAUAGCGCAACGAUUUCAUUAUUUAAAAUGUAUAUUUUUCUACCAGAAAUCUUUGUCCGAAUUCUAAGAACAGCAUAUUUUCUAAAAGAAAAUGGUUUUCUUGUUUGUGUGGAGAAAAUCGUUGGUAAUCUUUCCCGAUUAUUAUGAAAAUCUCUUAGAAAAUUUAAACACCAAACACUUUCUAACAAUCACGGUGAUGUUAUUUGGAAGUUUCCGUUGUAGUAACAAACCGGAUUAAUUGAAAAAAAAAAAUCUAUGGCAUUAUAUUAUGUGUGCAGUCACAUAAUAUAAUAUCAUAUGAUUAAUGUAAUGAUUUAUGUCUGCAAAUAAAGACCGAAAAAAGUAUUCAUUUAUAAAACUAUGUUAAUUGUUACACUGUAUAUACAAAAACACGUUUUACAGUGUAAUUCUUAUGAUCGAACGAACACACGAUAUUAAUAAUGUACACAUUUAAUAUAUAUAAUAUAUUAUAUUGUUCUUCAUAUGUUAUUUUAAUAAAUUAUUGAGAACAAUAUUAUAGUAUUACAAUUGUAUAUUGUAUAUAACUUAAUACAUCAAAAUUUGCUAUAUUACUUUUUUUUUCGAAUUUCCCGAAAAAUAAAGACUAUUGCACUAUAUUCAAUAUUGUGUGUCCAACGAGGAAAAAGUUUUGAUUCUCUUAGAUGUCAUGUAUUUAUUACUUAUUAUGCUUAAAUGUAAGCUUUUUACAUUCGCUAGAAACCAAUAUUUUUUUACUAUUUUAAUAAUAACAAUACGUCGGUGAUAAAGCAAUACGUAACUCCAAAAAGUCAAUUUUCAGAAGAUACAAAAAUGUAUUUAUAAAAUCAAAUUUUCAACUAUUGUACAUAAACUAUUUUAAAAAUUUUUUUAUGUAUUUACUGUAUUUAUUUUAUGUAUUUUUUGAUCUACAGCAAACUUCAACAACGCACUCGAAAAAACAGUAUACUUAUUCUAAUAACAACAUCCGUCACUUCAAAGUAUAUACCUAAGUAAUGUGGCUCCGAUUUUUAAUUGAAUAAUGUAACUAGUAAACUUAUUGCAUCCCGGGUAUAUUAUUCCUAGUUUCGUCCCUAAUUUCCUUUUGUAUACAAACUAAACAAUAUUUUCCUUCCAUUUGUAUACAGACUUAGGACUGUCUAUAGUAAUAAUUACAACAGGUGAAUACCUGUACUACACUGUUAUACAGAACUAUGGUGUACAGAACGUAAUAACUCAAAAUAAAAUCGCUUAUACUAAAUCGAUAAUACUAGAAUAAUUGAUAAUAACCAAUAAUUUUGCAGUUCAAAUUAUCAAAGUUAGUUUAUUUAUCUAAUGUGAUUAUAAUUCAGACGUGCUCAAGAAAAACCCGGGACGCAAUUACUUUAUACUUAUUUAUACCGGGCGUAGGCAUUCGUAAGCAGCGAGAAACAUAGUCUAGCAAAUUACUACAAAUCGCAUGGAUUUCUUAUUAGUCCGUGUUUGAUAUCACGGAGAUACGAGAUAUGUUUAAAAAAAAAUUGUCAAUGGAUUUAUGUGAUAUUACUUAACAGUUACUUCAGAGUAUAACUUCUUUGAAAAUUUGAAUAUUUCUGAGGUAUUUACACUAAAAUAUACGUUUUUGAAGUUACGUGGUAUUGUUUUAUCACCAUUAUAUUAUGCAUGAUUACGUUAUGGGUUAUGGCUUUAGCUUAAGCUAUAACUUCGAGUCUAAGCACCAUAUUGAAUGUGUUUGCUGGCGGACGUUUAUUUUGCUUGGUUUUGUUAUUAAGUUGGUAAAUGAAUCGUAUAUUAAUAUGUCUAUUAAAUUAUUGUAUUAUACUCUUUUCUGUCCAAUUCUAAAGUAGAGUUGCAUUUUUCGGGUUCUACAUACAGCAAGGCAGGUUUAGAGAGUCCAGAGAAAGUUAUCGUUUUGCUAGUUAUGUCCUGAAAAUUCCCUGACCACUGCAUGACUACUCGCUAGUCGCUAAUGCGAUUAGCCUUUCUUGCAUAGCUGAGCGAAGACUUUCCACAGGUAGUGUUUGAAUUCUGAAAUAUUUCAUAUGAAAUAAUCCUUUAAAAAAGAUUUUUUUUUUUUUUAUUACUAUGAUAUAUGGUCUUAUUUGCGACUGUUUAUGAAUUAAUCUAUAUAUUAAUAUUUAAUUUCUUAUAGGUUAUAAGUCAUAGGUAAAUAUAUAUAUAAAUAUAUUAAACUUUUCAUUAAAUUAUUAUUUUUUUAUUUCCAUCAACCCAUUAACUAAAUACUCUGAUUUUAAUUUUAAGUAAGGGGAGAUUAAUAAUGCACUAAUAAAACGUUGCAUGUUGUACGGCAUAGAAAUAAUACUUAACUAAACUUCCCCUGACCUAAACUUAAAAGCGGAACGGUGGAACACUUAAAAGUGUUUAUAGGAGAAAUAUAUUUAAAAUAAUACUAUGUUUAUUUAUAGAAUUUUCAAUAUAGAUUCUCAUUUGAAAAACUAAAUUUGGUAUCACCAUAGGAUACUCCUUAAAUGUUGUGAAAUACCUGAGUAUUCGAAAAUAUUGAAUUUAACUACACUUAAAAAUUUAGAAAAUAAUAAUUUGAAUGUAUGCAAAAUUUAACCAAAAAAAAAAUGGAGUAAGCACACUUAAAGAAUCAUCCUUAUAUUCUGUGUGGCAUUGUAUCAUUUAAACAUUUCCGUAUGUUUUCUGGCAAUAUGAAAAAAUGCAAAAUAUUAAAGAAAAAAAUCACUAUAAUGACAAAUGGAAAUAGGUAAAAACAAAAAGAAAAACAUGUUUUCUUAAUAUUGAAAUAUUUCAAAAUCGUAUAUUUCAUGAAACAUUAAAUCAUUAGUUACAGGUAUAUGUUUUAUUGGAGAACUGCUAAAUAACAAAAUUGAAUUUACUUAACUCGUUACGCACUUUUUCUUCGAUAUAUCUUAGAGUUCAAUUAUAUUUACUACUUUUUUGCCUAAUAUCACUACAAAUAGCUCAGUUGAUUAACGGCUAAGAACAUUAAAGAUGAAAUCCAAUGAAGAUUUUCAUUUCCUAAUCUAUCUUAUUUUUUUUUUUUUUAGAUUCUGAAUAGAGCGAAGAAGCUUAUGGUUUUAUAAAGAUGUUUACUUAUUUAUUUAAUUUUUUUUUUAUCUGUGUUUAACUUUUCUACCAGAAAUUUUGCUCCAAUUUACAAUGGUAGCACUUUUUCUGAAAAUAAAUUUGACUAAGGAGGUACUUUUAAGGUGUCAUUUUUUGAUUUUCCUAUGAGUUUUCUCAAUAUAUUGGAAAACUAGAAUAACACAGAGGAAAAACGGGAAAAAGGGAAAAUAGGUACAAUAUUAAACAAAUAUUAUUAAAUAAAAUGUUUAAUGCAUAUUUAAUUAUUGUAUCAUUAUAACCCGUCUAACUUCCCAACUUCCCACCUACAACAGUGGCUGCACUCACGUGCAAAGCAGGCUCGUUCCUGUGUGGGGGGUUUUAUGUUCCUUUUUGUUAUACAAAUUAUCCAUAAUUCUUAAGUACAAAGAAGUACAAAUGCAACUGGAUCCAAAUAUCAUAAAAGAUGAUUCCGGAUCACAAAAAUACUUUGAUUGAAACAAUAAUGAAACCCUGCUCAUAUAUAAAUGGGGCCCGGAUUAAUGAGAUUCUACUAUAAUAUAAUUGAUGAUACUAUACCUGAAAAAUAAAAUUGGGUGUGUGCAUCUAUGCAGGAUUUUACACACAUUGCCCUUUACAUUCUACAAAUUUUUAAAGAAAAAUUAAAGUGUAUAAUUUACCGUUAAAAAAAAAAAAAAAACAACUAUAAAAUCAAGCUAAAUGGCUUUGAAAAAAUAUUACAUCGAUCUGUGUGAUAAUAUUCUUAUCAGAUAUAUUAUACUGUUAUUGUUCUGUUAAUAUAUUUUUUUUAAAAAAAGGUCACUGAAUCAGGAGUCAAAAAUGCACAAAAAUCGUUUUUUGCUGUCGAACCGAACGGUUAUAAAGUUGAGUUCGAACCGAAAUUGUACAACGAUGAUGGGGUCGUUGUCGAAAAUGAUGCAAUUUACAACGGGCGAAUGGAAGUGAUUUUCCAACCAAAGAUUGACACGGCUGUCAUCACACUCCAUUUUGGACUUUUAAAUAUCGUCGGGAUUCCGAUACUGAAACGCCGGCUCAGUAUAGAAACGUCCACUGAAAAAGUACUGCGGGUGAGUACAACGAAUUUAUAUAAAAAUUGCGAAAAUAAUGAUCGCGAAAUGUUUUAAAUGUAAUGAAAAUUAGCUAAGCCCCAGAAAACGGGUUUUUAAAUAGUGGAUAGCAUUGGUUUAACACCUGAAUUUCAGCUAGGUUUGUUGUGUUAUUUGGUUAGAAGUAAGUAUGCAAUGUAUGCGAGGCAUACCUUAUACGCAUUAUUUUUCUAGAACGUUUUUGAGUAUAAACUCGACACCGAAGUGAACGCCGUGAAUGAAACUCUGACAGUGACCACCAGGGAAAUUCUGCGAUCUGGUCAUUUCUACAGUCUGUUCGUCAACUUCACUGGAAACAUUAGCCACUUGCCCGAAAAUGGCGGCUUUUUCAAGACGACGUUUUAUGAACACUACCCAAACGAACAGUCCUGGUUCGUAGCUACAAAGCUUGCACCGCAAGGGGCUCGGCAUUUAUUGCCCUGCGUGGAUGGUCGAACACAGGAAGCGGUUUUCGAAGUUAGCGUCGUCAGGCAGAACGGAACCAGCGUGAUUUUCAAUACCAAACUCCGGACAACUGAACCGUAGUAAGUGUUACAAUAAUAUAACAACGUUUAUUAUAACGUUCCAUAAUAAAAACGUAUUCAAACGGUAAUACUUGACAGUAGUCGCUAUCGUGGAACUGUUGUCAUAUAAAUUAUUUGAUAGUAGCUGUUAUGAUAUUAUAGCAGUACACUUACUAUUUAACUAACAGUACUACUACCACACGAUAGUGGAUUUUAUGGACUACUGUCGUGUAAACACUGCUCACAUAACACUGUCAACUAUCAUCACGUUCAAAAUAUUUAUUAUCGUCCAGUGUUAAAUGUGAUACAUUUAAAAUAUUAACUUUUUAGGCCUUUGAUACCGAAUUCACACAUUAUGGUAUUAAAAAUUACGCGUACUUAUAAUUUUCUUCUUUUAUUUAUGUAUAUAAAUAUAUAUAAAUCACCAAUAAUUCAUAUUAUGGAAAAGUAUGAGACUGUUAGAAAUAAUAUUAUUUACUAUUUGUAUUCUAUUUAGUAUAUAUGUAUACUUAGCAGUACCGUAACCAGAAAGUUAGUGCUCCCGUGAAACUUUUUUCCCGUAAUUAUGCAGUGCAGUUUACAUUAAUUCGUUGUAUUGAAAAAAUAUAUUAUUAGUAGUACUUAUAAAAAUAAUUCGUAUAAAAUAGACUGUUUUGUAUUACUAUGUAUAUUGUAUAGGUUAUUAUUUGUAGAAAGGGGAUAUGCAAAGUUUAUUAUUGACAAAAAUCUACCCUCUUUACUGAUAUAUUUGUCGAUUACGUAAUCUACAUACUUUUAAAAUCUAAUGUCAUUAGGAAUCGAUUGAUGAAUGUGAACACACACGCAAUUAAUAUCGAACCAAUUGUUAUUAAUAUCCUGCUGUUCAAUAUUGUUCGAUAUUUCGACAAUAAAUUGAUCAUUUUUAUUAGACUAGACGCAUUCGAUCUCGUAUCUACUUAUCAUUAAUAAAUACGAUAUCAGUAAUUUCAUCAGUUGUUAAAUUCCAAUGAUUGAAGCAUAAUGUGUUAUGUGUAACUCAGAUUACACAUUCCAUUUCGUUUUUUGUCGUGACACAAAUUACUAAAAUCAAUUUUUAGAUGUGACGAAAUUACAUGUUAUGUUUUUAUACUUGGUCCUAAAUUACAUACGCACUUAAAUGUACCUAUUGAUGGUACAAAUUACGAGUAAUAAAAUUGGUCGAAAAUACCACAUCAUAAUAUUUCGUUAAUUAAUCUGCUCAAGAAGUAGCUGUAGAGGCGCAUCUAAAAGAUUCCCACGAUGAAAUAAAAAAUGAAUGAUUUGAAACUUCUGAUGUACAACAAAUUCAAAAUGACUGCAAAUGGUGCGUUCAUGUUAAUUUUUAAAAAAUAUUUGAUUAAUUUUUAAAAAGUGGAUAACAACGUAAUUUAUUCAUUUUUACGCCUAGUUCCUUCUUAGUCUUGUCUAGAUUUUUUUUAUACUCUCUGUAAAAUUUGGUUUUCUGGAAAUGUUCUCUUUCUGCUAUUAGUAGUAUUCAUGUAUUGUUUUAUAAGAAUACAAACUUUGUUUUAACUUUACAUUAUAAAAUUAAGGGCGUAUAAAUAAUAAGAGAUAAGACUAAAGAAAUCAUAAAAUAACAGGUGAUAUUUAUUCUAGCCGAAAGUUAGAUAGAAAUAUUAAGUGCCACCCCCCCCCCCGCAAUUUUUCUCUGGCUACGGUACAGCUAAUAAAUAUCGGUAUAGUUGAAAUAUGAAAUUAGAAUUUUCAAUAAUUAGUAUGAAUAUUUAAAAUAAUNUUAAUUCGUUGUAUUAAAAAAAUAUAUUAUUAGUAAAAAAAUAAAGUGAUAAUACCUUAUAAAUGACAAAAGUGCAUAUUGGUUUCCAUUAAAAUAUUUAUCGUGGAGUAUUCCAAAAUUACUUAUAUGUCAGAAUAAAUAAACUGUAUAUAUUUCUCGUUUUUUUUUUUUUUCUAGCAACGGUGGUCUACUCAUAGACCGAUUUGAGAAAACCGGACUCGUCAGACCGGACUCAUUGGGGUUGUUUAUAUCCAACUUUAAGCCCCAGUCUAUAACGUCGAAAAACUUCGUAGAACUGGCUGUGUGGACUCUUCAACCAAUGGAAAAUUAUUCUCUAAUAAAUAAAGUUCUUUCCAGUACGUUGGUUUUUAUGGAAACUUAUCUGGAAACCAAAUUUCCGACCAAUAAACUUGAUAUCGUCAUUGUACCCAAACACGAGAUUGGUUCAGCUGAAAGUCCGGGCCUGAUCAUCAUCGAGUUCGUAGACAUAUUUUCAUUCCUUUUUCAUUGGCCUUUUUUUGUCAUUAUAUUAAAGAUUGGAUCGGUUCAACUGGAAGUCCUACACUGAUAAUGAUUCAUUUUAUAUUUGUAUUUUUUUUUUGAUUUCCCUCCUUGUAAUUCUCUUAAUAUUUAGGAAGAAAACUUAGAAAAAUGAUAAAAUUUAAUUUUCUGUUUCAUUAUUUUUGGUUCUUUUUUUUUGGAAAUUUGGUUAUCAACGAUUUUAGGGACUUGAAUACUUGUUAUUUGCUUAUUUACAUCAGUAUUUUCUAUAAAUGAUAAAACAUAGUCGUUUUUAUAAAAAAAAUUAAGUUCAAAUUUGAACAAAAAUCCCAUUUAAAUACUUAUUUAACAUUUUAUCCAAAAUUCGCCCAGAAUCGCAUUUUUUAUUAAUGAAUUAUCAUUUUAUAAGACGAAACUUAAAUAUUUCUAUGAUUCCAUUUUUCCAAUUUUUCACCUACAACAGUGGCACACCCAUCAGCUCUUUUCGUAUAUAUAUUUUAUACCACUGCGUUCUACGGAUUUUAUUUAAUAUAUUAUUAUUAUAUUGUUUAAAACGAAAUUUAUUAUAUUUAAUUUCUAACACAAUAAAAAAAUGCGUAAUAGGUACAGAAUAAAAUUUAAACACGUUAUCAGUUGACAGCGAUUGUGAUCCCCAAUCGCGUAAUAUAUGGUAAUCUAUUGUGUAUAAUUUUUUCAUCCCUUUUCUAGAAAUUAAAGCAACAAUUACUAAGAAACAGUUUAUCAGAUAUAUAUAAAGAUGAAUAUUGUAUUUAAAUUUUUAAACUUUCUAAAAUUAUUUUCAUUACACAACGAUUUUGAAAAUGUUAAAAGGUGAAUAAAUUAAAAUCUUUUUUUUUUUCUAGUAAUUAAGAGGCGAUAAUUCAAAUUAAUUUUUAUCUAAAUAUAUAUCCCACAAAAAUAAAUCUGAUUAAAAAAGAAAAAUUAUAAUAUCGACAGAAAUAUAAAAAUCUGUAGAACACGAAGAGACUCUGUAAAUAUAAUUUUUUUUAGGGAUAAGAUCUUGGAAAAAGUCAAUGGAAUGUCGAUAGAACAAAUCCUCCACAUCGUCGAAACACUGAUCGAACAUAUAAUUAGACAGUGGCUGAUGCCAAUGCGAGUAGUCGAUCGGUCGAGCACCCAAGAACAAUGGCUAUUUGACGCGAUCACUAAUUUCCUGAGAAUCGUCAACUCUGACAAUGUAAAGACAUCACGAUAUAAUUAUCACAUACAUUAUAUAUCGUCUACAUCAUAUUUAAAUAUUUUACUGUCCAAAGAUUUUACCCAGUUGGAACCUGGAAGCCAGAUUUCUACUAGACAUCACUCAACCGGUAAUGUUUUAUGAUAGCUACGCAAAUUCCAAAUCACUAUCUGAGUUUGGAUACCGUUCAGAUAAAUUUAGUUACAUUAGUUCGCAUAAAGGUAACAAUUACAAUUAUCAUAAAGUACCUGUGUAAUAACUUCAAAAAUAAAUAAAAACACAUGAGCAGUAGAGCUCUGUGGUUAGAGCCGAAAUUCUCUCCCAGUUAUCCGUUUCAUUUAUUUGUUUAUCGUUUACCUAUAUGCUAUCUCUUUCAACCGUCUAUCGUUUACCUACACGAGUAUGUACUUAAUCUGUUAGUGAUUUUAAUAAUUUUUUGAAUCAUUUAACUUUUAAUAAUGACAUUUUGAAGUCUUGCAGAUUAUAUAUAUAUUUGUACAUAAAUAUUUUUUUUUUAAAAUUAUAAUGUAUAAUGUAUUUGUGGUGACUUCAAUCCCUCUAAUACCACAUAGUCUAAUGCUGACUAUGUUCUAAUCUAUUUUUCGUCUUUAGGCCAGAGAGUGCAAUGUGUCCCUGAUAUAUUUGCUUUCAAACAUUUUUUUCAACUCAAUGGCAUCUCAAACCACUUUGGUGGUUUUAUUGAUCUGGUGUUUUCUAACAACUCCAGUAUUUUGAUGGAUAAAUCUGAAAUUGCCUGUUCCAUGUGAUCUUUAUCGCCCUGCCUUUGUUAUUAAAUUUGCCAUUAGCUGAGACCUUCCACUUCUUGACAACUUCCAUAAAUAUUUUAAUUCCCGUCGCACAUAGUAUCGUGACAUGUUCUUUUCUGUGGAUCAGGCUACUGAAUUGUAUGCUGUUCUGCAUUUCUGCGUACUGAGUAAAAAUAUACAUACAAUAUACAAAUAUUAUGUGUAGUCUCUAUUUUCUCAGGGAAAUUUAAACGAAAAAUACGUGUUUAUAGGUACAUCGAUUUUGCGGAUGUUGAACUACACUUUUACAGAAGAAAUUUUUGUACAAACUCUUAAAGAAUACAUACACACAGAGUAAGUUAAAAUAAUAAUAUGUUCGAUUGGGAUUUAUCUGAAAGUAACUACGUGAAAAAUUGUUCAGUGUAUAAAAGUUAUUAUUUUUUUUUUCAUUUAGAAUUUAUAAAUACAACGACGCGGCGAGUUUUUGGAAAUUGUUGGAUGACAAUGUAAGGCUCAAGUCGAAUAAUAUUCCGAAAAACUUGGACGUAUUUCAGAUCGUCAACUCAUGGAUACGGAACAAAAAUUAUCCAUUAGUCACGUUAGAAGUCCAGGGUGACGAUAUAAUUUUAAAACAAGUGCGAUGUGAUAAAAAUAUUCCUGUUAAUCGUAAUACCCACGCAAAAAAUAAAUUUUGUUUUUUUAUAAAAUAUAUAUAUAACAUAGUUUCGGUUCAACUACAACAAAACUGUACCUACGGAUGAAUGGAUCAUACCCAUAACCUUAUCUUCGGGUUCCGCAUACAGCAUGACGAUUUGGAUGGAAAACAGUAAAGAAGUCAGAGUCCCAGGAUACAAUUUAGCGUCAAAAGGCUCGUGGAUAUUGGCCAACAAACACCAAAUAGGUCAAGACAGUCAUUUAGUCAGUUCUAAUAGUCAAAAUUUCAGAAAAACAUUUUUGGAUCGAAUUGGGCAAUUUUAGUGGGAGUAAAAAUUAUGAAAAAAAUAUAUUUUUAGAAAAAAUCCAUUUUUGAAUUAUUAUGGAUUGAUAUGUAUUGCUUAGUCAUCCGCAAAAUAUACUCCUAAUUUAUUUUAAAAUGUGGUUGAUAGAUAGCAUAUUGUAUAUAAGAUAGGACUGGAGAAAGGAUAUCACUCUGUAAUAAGGCUAUUAUAUUAAUAUUUGCUAAAGGAAGAUCCAUUCCUAAAUUGGAAGUGGGACACCAGUGAGAUAUCAUUUAAUUAGUAAACAAAUUUAGGAAAAACAUUUUCAUCUUAUAGAAUAGUCCACUAUUUCAUCAAUAGCUUUCGAGGUAUAACAGUAUAACCAGAAACAGUUUAUUGUAUUUAAGAGCAAAAAAAAAUCUUAAAACUCAUUUCGGAAGGCAUUUGGAUACAAUUUAUUUUGUGGUAAUUAUAACAAAAAUCAGAAAUUUAAUUGGGCUAUAUUUCUAAUAUUUCUAAAUGCAAAUUUAAUAUCAUUAAAUAAUAAAUAUUUUAUGUUUCCUAAAUCAACAAUUUGUUUUGUAUAACAUUUCUGGAAUGAGUUCUUAAGAAAUUUACUACUUGGAAUUCUCCACUUUUUUCUAGAAUUUUGAUUCUUAACCAGAUUUUUUUUCCAUUAUAAGAUUUUAUCGAUCCUGGAAUUAAGAUCCUAUUGUAUUUUUAUUUAUAUUUUUUCCUGUCUGUGAAUUCUAACAGAAAUAUUGCUUCGAAGUAUCAAGUGUACGACCUUUUUCUGAAAGGUAUUAUUAUCCUAUUGGUAAAUUAAGGAGGUAUUUUUUUUUGAUUUUCCAAGAAGUUUAUUAAAUAAAUGGGAAAAACCCGGGAAGGAAAUUAUAGAUAAAACGGAAAAUAUGUACGGUGCGCUACAAAAUUAUUUUAACGAACGUGGUAAAAUGUUUAAAACAUUUUAGCUUUUCUAGGACUAGUUAUAGGUAUUUGAUAUUUUCGAUAUUUUACUUUUAUUUGGUUGGUGUCUGUUAUUUAAAUUUUAUGACUUAAAAGAAAGGUUUGAAAAUUUAACACAAGGUACAUUAUAUAUUAUAAUUAGUAGUCUAAAAAAAAUGUUAUUAAAUUACAUUUUUUUUUUUUUCAUAAGCGUUUAAAAUCGAAUUUUGAUGAAAAUAGUAAAAAUCGGGACAUUCCAAAAUAUAUCUUAUCGAACUUCGCUCCGAAUCGUUUUCGUUAACAAUGAUUUAUCUUUGCGUACAGAUAUAAAUUAAAUAAAUGUAUGUAUCUUACCUUCCCAAUUUCCACCUACAACAGUGGCUGCACCCAUCCCCAGUAUCAGAUUUUUUUUAUUGGUUCUAUUAUUAUUCUAUUAUUUUUCUGUUAUUAUUUAUUAUUGCUAUUAUUAUGUUCAAUCAAGUUUGGACGGUUUAAAAAUAAAUAAUUAAGUACCGAUUUUUCAUAUUUAAUACGUAUUCCAGGUUAUUAUAGAGUGGUGUACUGUGACAAGCUCUUAGAAAGGAUAUUGUUCGAGAUCAGGACUGGUAAUAAUUCAAUAGAUCCAUUCACCAUAGGACAAGUGGUUGCAGACAUUUUCGAAGGAGCGUUAGUCGGUUUGAUAGAAUUCAGCGAAGUGUUCAAAUUUUUAACCAAAUUUAUUGAAAUAGCCAGUCCGUAUUAUGGACACUGGCAUCCCAUUUUUAAUGGGUUCAAAAAAUUAGAGAUGGUAUUAAAAAAUACCGAACAUUACGAUUGGAUUUUGGUAUUUAACAUUCCAUUUAUACGUAAUAAUUAAUAUUACGCAACAAAGAACAUAUACGUAAAUAAGCUAAUAAGGUCAUACUUAUUAUCUCAAAAUGUAUAUUAUUAAAUUUUUUCUAAAAAUAGACUUAAAUAUCCAAAUUUUAAAUCCAUAUACUUUUAUAAAAUUUGAUAUUAUACUCGUAUUUUGUUAAUAAGUAGUCAUUAAAUAUAAUUUUACUUAUGUGCCAAGAACCCGAUAAUAAUUUUAUAAUAUACUAACAUUCAAAAUGUUACUCGUAUCAUAAUUCCAUUUUAAAUUCUGAGUGGAGCAAGGAAGCUUAUGGUUUUACAAAGAUGUUUAUUUUUUUUUUAUCUGCGGACAUUUUUUCUGCCAGAAAUGUCGCUCCGAUUUUUAAGUGUAGCACUUUUUCCAAAAGAAAAUUUGACUGAGGAGGUACUUUGAAGAGGUCAUUUUUUUAUUUUCUUACUUAUUUUUCCAAUAAAUGGGAAAAACGGAGAAAACAUGGGGAAAGUAUAGGAAAAACGGGGAAAUAGGAACAAUAUUAAACAAAUAUUAUUAAAGAAAAUAUAUAAUGCCUAUAUAAAUGUUUUACCAUAAUAUAACAUAUAUUUUGUUAACAAAGCAACAAUAUUAUCAACUGAACUCCGCUCAGAAUUUUUUUUCGGUAGCAAUGGUUUAUCUUUGUUUACAGAUAUACUUUAAGUUUUCUAUUUACUACCUUUCUAACUUCUCACCUACAACAGUUGCUGCACUCACAUACGUGCAAAGUAUGUCUGUCUUUUUGAUAUUAAUAUUAUAACAUUUUUAAGGCUUACAUGGAAAUAGUAGCUGAUAAAGCAUACGAAUUAUUCGAUAAAACAAGGGCAAAUUUAACUGAUACUAUAUUUGGCAAGAUAGAAACGUUAUCUUUUGCAUGUCAAGCUGAAUUAAAUAAAUAUGUGUUAAAAGUUAAAGAUAAUUUUAACAGGUGGAAGAAGGCAAAUGGCAAUAAUCCGUAAGUUGAUGUGUUCAUAAUUGAUAUUCUCAAGCCAUAAUAAUAUUAUUAGGUACACAAAAUAUCUUUUAUAGUGAUCUUAUUCAUAAAUACUGCAAUGUUCUACGAUGAUUUGUUUUCUAUUUCUGUUUCAGUUUCAUGCUUGACGAACGUAGAGCCGCAUACUGUACAAUAAUGAAAUACGCUACCUUAGAUGACCAUCGCUUUUUAAUGGAUCAAUAUGUGCAUUCUAACUGGACGAUCGACAGAAAACUCAUAGCUAAAAGUUUUUCCUGUUCAAGAAACACUCAUUUUUUAAAUUGGUAUAAGUUUAAAUUGAUACCAACUUAUUAGGGUCCUUAUCUUGGUUUUGAAAAAGAGAAUAUCAGGCCACCCCUCACAUCGGUUCCAAAAAUAUAAAACAAAUUUUCUAAAUUAUUUGGAUUUUUUCUCCUCCCUUCGUUCUCCUAUUUUUCAAAACUUAAUGUAAGAGUAGUUUUUAUUUAUUUUUCACAAUCAAAAAUCGACAAUCAAAAAUAAAUAUGCAAUAAUAAAAAAAAAAAAUGUUUCAUUAUUAUUUUAGUGAGACUUUAUAGUGAAUUUUAUUUUGAAGAACAGAAUAGAGAUAUAGGUUAUUAAUUAAAACGUUUAUGCAAAACAAGGUGACGAAGAAAAAGAGAGAAAAAUCUAAACGAAUUAAAAAUUGUGUUUUUCAUUGGCCUAUUUUACACCAUCAACUAAAUACUCUCACUCAUGCGUUAAAUGCGCAUCAAGUUUUCGUUGCAAACAGAAAUAUAUUAACAUAGUAUGAUAUAUUUGAGCAUAGCACAUCAGACCAAAUUUGACGCACACCAAGCACAGGCGCGUUAUUACGAGCGGUGUAAACGUAGUCGGAUCCACUUGAUGCGUACUAGCUUAGUAGGUACUCACGGUGAUAACUAGAUCAGUGUUUGGAACCGUUCUGAAAGUGCCUGAAUCUUUUGUUUAUUAUUUUUUUCCAAAACCAAUAAGGACCAUUCCAAUAACUGUAUUAUAACCAAACUAACAAAAAAAUGUAUAACAUUAAUAUUAUAACGUAAUAUUUUCUUACAGGAUAUUGGUGUUCGAUGAUUUACAUUCUGAUGACAAAUCUGACGUAUGGGAGGUGAUAAAAGAUAAUCCAACAGCUGGUUCGUUCGUGUUUCACUACUUUCGAAACAAUUGGGAACAAUUAUACGAAGAGUAAGUUACAAUUAAUACCACCAUUUUUUCUACAAUAUUUUUGAAGUACCUAAUUUACAAAGCACAGAUAUAUUAAAAUAUAGUUAUGCAGAUUUAAAUAUUAACCUGCUGAGUAUAAUGUUACAUUCCGCUAUCCGUGGUUUAAAUACCGCCGUCGAUCUCGAAAUGCUGCAGUUGUUUACCAAAAAACAUUUUAAUGAAAUCACCAGCCAAAAAAAACACCCAGCACUGCUGGAAGUUUUGUACUUGGAAGAAGAGAUACUCAGACAAAAGAUCUGGUGGCGAGAAAAAUACAAAUCUGUGAUCGGUGAUUGGUUAUCGCAGGAAAUCAUGAAUUCCAAAAAUAAAACAUGA